GAUUAUAUUGUCCACCUCUAGGAGAAAAAAGAAAAACAAACUAUUUGUAAAUGAUUAUUUUUUAACUGUGCAAGUUUUAUUGAUAUAUAAGAUUCUUCGUAUUGAGUUAUGAUUUGCAGUUGGAUCAAAUUCGCUGUGUGAUUUGAAGAUGAAAUCAGUUUGAGCUUCCCAACUAAGUUUACAUAUCAUUGGAAAUCUAUAUAUUAAAUUUAUAUUCAAAUAUAGCCAUCAUGUUUUUGUCAAUCGCUCCACCAUUAAUGGACUUUGAGGAUGAGCUGUUAUGGAUCAAUCCGUCAAGCAGCGAAAAUCUAAAUGUUUUAUAUGACAAAUCAAAUUACGUUACUCCAAACACAAAACUGUUAAUUGAACAAGCUUUUAUUCAGCCAUUAAGUCUUCAAGAUCAACAAAUUUUAUUUGAUGAUUUACUAAAGCAAAAUAGAAAUAUUGCACAUCAAUAUGGAUUGACACCAGCUAAGCUUCCUCAACUAGUUGAGAACAAUCCGCUUAUUUCUAUUGAAAUAUUACUGAGACUAAUGUUGAAUACCGACAUUACGGAAUAUUUUAACAUACUUGUCAAUAUGGAUAUAACUUUACACUCUAUGGAAGUCGUGAAUAGAUUGACAACAUCCUGUCCCUUGCCAACUGAAUUCAUUCAUUUGUAUAUUAGCAAUUGUAUUUCAACAUGCGAAACUGUCAAAGACAAAUAUAUGCAAUCCCGUUUGGUCCGAUUAGUAUGCGUAUUUCUUCAAUCGUUAAUUCGCAACAAAAUUAUAAAUGUUAAGGAACUGUUUAUAGAAAUUGAAGCAUUUUGCGUUGGAUUUAGUAAAAUUAAAGAAGCCGCUGCUCUAUACCGACUAAUAAAACAUUUGGAGUCAGGCGACACAAUUCAAACAACAAAUUCGUUAUCUAAAUGAGUACAAGCAAUUACAAUAAAUCAAAUA